AUGGAAUACUUCAGCAACAAUGAGUCUUCAUCUAGUAAUGCUACUUGCUCCUAUGAUACCAAUCUCUAUGUGCAAAUCACUGGAUCUAUACUCUUUGUCAUAGUGUGGCCAUUUGUUGUUCUUGAUAUGAAAUGGUUUCCUCUUGGAAGGCCUGCUGCUGCAUUAGUUGGAGCUGCCUUUAUGGUAUUGUUUCAAAUUGUUUCUCAAAGUGAUGUGUAUGCAAUUCAAGGGCAUCAAGAUAAUUUGCAGACAGUGUUUCUCCUGGUUGGGAUGAUGAUGCUGUCUCAUUACUAUGAUCGUGAAGGUAUUCUGAGAGUAGUUAUGCUCAAAAUAUUUGGUAAGAACAAGCCAUUUCGAUCAAUACUCUGGAAAGUUUGCUUGAUGUCUGCCAUCCUCUCUGCAUUCAUUACAAAUGACGCUGCCUGUCUUGUUGUUACACCUCUCAUUCUCAGGGAAUUCAUCAAGCAAAAACGUGACCGUUGGGAGCUGCUACCAUUGUGUCUUGGUAUAGCAACAUCAGCCAACAUUGGGAGCGCUGCUACAAUAUUUGGCAAUCCACAGAAUGCUUUCAUAGCUUCAACAGCUAGGGUAUCUUUGCUUGAAUUUUUUAUAGCAGAGCUGCCAGCAGCUAUACUCGGUUUGAUAAUCAAUGUCGUGCUAAUAUACUUGUUUAUGCUAAUUCGUAUGAAAAUGAGAAAAGAAGAAGAGAAUCAUCUAAAUUCUGAGGCUCAAAGUUCUAGGAUUGCAGCACGCUCACGAAAUACUUCUAUUGCCAGUGAAAGAGAAGCUACAGUACAAAGUUAUGAAGACCCUCAAGUUAGGAAUGAAUCAUUAACUCUCUCUAUCUCAGGGGAACAUGAAGCAACAGCAAUGAGCUAUGAUCAAAGUGGGAAUGGAGCUACACGUUUCAAAACAAAUGCUAUUAAUCACAGUAAUAGUAUGCUUGUACAACUGCAGCAAUCUUCUGGUGAAACAUUACCAGAGGAUGUUCAAGUUAAUGAUUCAGUAAACAAUGAUGAUGAGGACAAAGCACCAGCUGAAAAAACAAGGUUCCAAAUCAUUCGUCGCAAAAUAUUUCUGGUUUGGCUCGUGUUCGUUACACUUCUAAUGGUUGUGUUACUUGCUAUACCUAAUCAAAUUGCCGACUUCAAUCUUGGUUGCAUUCCUUUGGCUGCCAGCAUUUUUACAAUGCUGAUGGACACAAUUCUCAAUCAUGGUGUCGAUUGCUAA